UCCAAAACUUCCAAACUGGAAGGUUCUAGUACUACAGCCUCGCAUAAUCGUUUAGCUUAAAUCCCUCCGAUUAAAGAAAAAAGAAGAGAAAAGAAAAGGCCCAAAGAGAAGUGAUUUUAAGGAAAAAUGGCAGAAGAAUUGACGUUGGAUUUGGAAGAACUUAGGCAGCUUCAAAGCAUCGCAAAGAGACCACGCACUCUAUCUCUUAUUUCCUCUGAGAUUCGCAACUUGGAGAAGACCUUGAAAGAGAAUGAAAAUGGGGCUUCUCCUGUUACUGCUCCACAAAUUCCAACUCCCAUUUCAACCUCAGUUAAGACUCCAGUUAACCCUGCACUGAGUUAUGUUACACUUGCCUCCUUCAGCUGGGAUCAAGAUAACGAUAAAGUCAAGAUAUAUGUCUCUCUGGAAGGAGUUGAACAGGAAAAAAUUCAGACAGAGUUCAAGCCAAUGUCAUUCGAUGUUAAAUUCCAUGACGUUCAAGGCAAAAACUACAGAUGUGCUGUUCCAAAAUUGAACAAGGAAAUUGAACCAGAGAAGUGCAAGGUGAUGGUUAAGCCAACAAGAGUCAUCAUCACAUUGUUCAAAGCUUCUAAAGGGAAUUGGACUGACCUGCACUACAAAGAGGACAAGCUGAAACCAAAUUUGGAUAAAGAGAGAGAUCCCAUGGCUGGAAUCAUGGACUUGAUGAAGAACAUGUACGAGGAAGGAGAUGAGGAAAUGAAAAGAACAAUUGCUAAAGCAUGGACUGAUGCAAGAUCUGGCAAAACAAAUGAUCCUUUGAAGGGUUAUCGUUGAAUCCCAUUUGAAAACUGAGAUGAAAUGGGGUUCGUUUCGGGUAUUUUAGCACAAUGGUCUUGUUUCUAUGCUUUUUUGUUUGAACUUGUACUGAAGUUGCAGAAAGAUUUGUUUCUGGAUACUUUUGUUCUUGCUAUAAAAAGUAUAAUUGAAAUUUGGAGAUA